AUGGCUAAGGUUUAUCCUCAGACACCAGCUUGUUCAUCUAGUUACUUGACCUCAAAAAGAGAGACAUUCACUGUAUGGAUGAAAUCACUAGUUUUCAAUGGAAAUGGCUGCACUGUCUUUGAUUCCAACGGUGAACUCGUCUAUCGAAUCGAUAACUAUGGCGAAAAAUGCUGCCAUGAAGUUCAUCUCAUGAAUCUCAGAGGCGAAGUUCUCUUUUCUAUACGGCAACAGAAACUCCAAAUUUUUGGUGGUUGGGAUGGCUACAAAUGGAGUGAUUCGAAAAUGAAGGAGAGACCAUGGUUUCAAGUUAGAAAAUAUUGCAAGAUUUUCAGUAAAGAAAUAUAUUGUCAGGUUAUUUUGGGGCGUGAUAAGGCUAAAUCAAGAUGCUAUCGGAUAGUCGGAUUGGCUGGAAAAGCAGCAUUCAAGAUCAUAGACGGCCAUGGGGCCAUUGUUGCUGAGGUGAGAGAAAAGCAGUCAUCAUCUGGAGUUCUUUUGGGUGAUGAUGUAUGGACUUUAGUAGUGGAACCCAAAACCGAUCAUUCGCUAAUUAUGGCUCUGGUGACAGUCUACGGAUUGAUCAAGCACAAACUGUAA